ACAUGUACCCUUGAACUUUUGAUUUCUGAGGGGGGUUCGGGCCUCGUUAUAUAUACCAUGACGCAGUCAUAUCAGUCCCAGACCCUAUCGGGUUUCCUCGAUUCAAUGCAGCCAGACACUGCCUCGGCGUAUUCCUUAUUUGGCCCGACCUCAUAUCCUGAGAGCGUGGCAUUCUGGCACAAUCCUUCCGCCCCGACGAUGGCUGUGGCCCCUUCGGACACUUCCCAGAAAGCAUCCCUGCUCAACCCACUCGACCAGAAGAAACACAAGCGCACUCGAAGCGGCUGCUUCACCUGUCGCGCACGCCGGAUCAAAUGCGACGAGAGCCGUCCGCUAUGUGAAAGGUGUAGAAAAGGCUCGCGCGAGUGUGUGUAUCCGUCACCGACUUCGUCAUCCAAGGGUAGCGUGCGGGCUACAGGCAAGUCGCGCGCAGGUCGCCCGCCAUCGCAAGGGAGCGACUCGUCUGAAAAGUACGACAUUGAGGCUAUAAGCCCCCUAGACCCCAUCAUCGACGAGGAGGAGCCGGACAGUGCUAUAUCCGAAUCGCGACCGUCACCACCCGCAACCAUCAGGCCGGACUUGCAUAAGAGUCAAAGCUCGCAGUCUCUCCGGAAGCGCAGUAUCAAGCACACGGACGCACCCUCGUCCAUCAAAGAACAGAGUAGUUCGCCGUCAACUGAGUCAUCGCGCUUUGAGUCGAUGAGCGUGCGCUCGGGUAGCAUUGGACAUUCCACAGUUGAAAUGAUCAGCAAUGCGCGCCUUCCAGACGAUCUGCGAUUUUAUCUAAAUUUCCACUCGGAGUUCUUGACUACGCCUCAUUUCUUCUUAAGGCAGAGCUGCUCCCGCUUCAUUCAGCACAAUCUUAUUGAACUCGCGUUGCAGUAUGAGCCUCUUCUCUACGCCCUGGUGGGCUUCUCGGCCUACCAUCAUACCUUGCAGAGCCCUGGGGGGAAGCUUGCUACAUUUCUAAAAUAUUAUAAUAAAGCCUUGACUCUACUUCGGAAAUCACUGGGCUCAGGAGAGGGUCACAGUGAGGCGACACUUUGCACUGUUCUUGUCCUGACGACCUUCGAGGAGUACAUCGGCGAUUGGAUGAACUUGAUUGAUCACCAUCGAGCAGCACAUGCAUUGAUGCUAGAAUUAUUGACACCGGAGUCUGCCAACGUGAAUGAGCUCCAUACAAACAUCUUCUUAUGGUAUGCCCGCUUCGACGUGGUCGUUGGGAUCCUAGCCGGCACCGAAACAGUCCUCAGUCGAGAUUGGUAUCUUCUAAAGGAGCAGUAUGACGCCGACCAAGCCGCCAUCUACCCCGAUGACCCAUCGAAACAACUUGCCCUCGUGGCAUCGAUAAACAGACGCUUCGGUCUUGACAUGGCCUCACUGUACGCCAAACUGUCCCGCGGUAUGAUCUCGAUGGAGCAGUUCGCCGUGCAAAACGACCAGCUGGGCCUGAUGAUAGAGCACGCUAAAGCGAUCCUGCGAACAUUCGACGAUUAUGAAUACAAAGUGCAGGAGUUCCCGCACCAGCUUCCCCUGACCGAAGAUGAUGUUACGGAUCCAUACGUCCCGGGGGGUUGCACCGUGGCCCCUUAUGGGACUUCAACUAUGCCUGGAUUGACAUCCUAUCAACUGCCAGAUCUGCAGGAGUUGGCCGAAGAACAGUGCCGUUUGAUCGAGACGAUGGAUCGUUGGCCGCACAAGGAUAAUGGAUAUUGCAUCAUGUUCAAGAACAGUAUUGGAAUCGCUAGUAUGUUCCUUCCAAAGGAGCGCAAGUAUCAGAUGUGGUCGCGGCGGAAGAUGGCGUUGAUGGAGCAAAAUGGAUACAUCAUGGCCCCUCGAUUCCGAACCGCUCUCGCUGCCAUUUGGCAAACACCCGACCUCGAACAUUGGUGGCUUCCAAACGAGGAAGGAUACACAGAUAUUAUUCGCGAAAUUCGUGCUAUGACCGCCGAACGUUUGAGCCAGCCCAGGGAUGAGCUCCGCGAGAACGUUCGUGACAUGAAGUAUAUGUUCCGGGGGAUGAAUUUGGAUGGCCGUGAAGAUGACAGCCCUUCCAGUUCAAAGAGCGGUCACCCUUGA